AUGCAUCAGAAUAGCCAUUCCAAUCUCAACCCACCACGACAUCUAUUGUUCCGACAUGCCGCGCGUCUUCUGAACGCCAGGCUUGAUGUCCAAGAAGACCAAGUUCAAACCGGUUAUGAAUACUUACGAUCUUACUACAUUCCUGGACUUCAAGGCCGGCCCUAUACCAUCCACGUCGACCAGCCGAUCCAGGCCGGUGCUGAAUCAACGACUCUCUCGAGCGACCAAACUUUCGAGGUGGUAGCUACAAAGUAUACUCUGCCCAAGAAUGCCAUACAUUCGGUUUAUCCACCUCAGGGCCACGAAGACGGUAUUGAGGUCCUGCCGCAUGUCAUCUUUAAUGACCCAACUCUUCCAUGGGAACGGGUGGGCAGUAGCAAUGCAGACGACAUCAAGCCAGAUGAACCCCAUUAUGAUGAUUAUUUUGGGAGGAACCGGGUCCCCUGGCUUGCUUUGUUGGUAUUCACCCAAGGUGAAUUGCAAAUGGCAAAGGCCGACUUGGACAAGGACACGGGCAUAUUCAGCGGGAUAGAUGAAUUUAAAACAGUCUCCGUCGAGCAGAGUGCCAUGUACACGGUCAAUAUGGCGAUGGGCGAUGUCGGCUUGAUCAAAGAUUGUGUAUCACCCAUUACAAAGCCCGACCCAAACAUCGAGAAAGACGCACGCGGCGACGUGUUAUUGCUUCCUCGAGCUCUCUUUGGUAGCCUCUUCACGAAAUUCGAUAAAGAUGGGAAGCCAGAAACCACCGCUCCUGAUGUCUAUCCCUAUCGAUUCCUAGCUCACAGACGAGACAUCAACUCUCAAGGGAUGACGGUUUCCGGAACAGCAACGAUAGACGACUCCGGGUCUUUUGGUGUCGUUCAUUCGCACAUGUCUGGGCCAUUCUCCAUCACGCAGCCCCCAGCAGUGUUUGUACAUUUGCUGUCGAUCGAGGGUGUCGAGCAGAUGAGUCCUUGGCCAAUAUCAUCGGAGAUUCGAUUCGUGGCCAUGUGCUCCUUGGCCAGUUGGAGCUAUAUCUGUCUACCACCAGGCACCCCGAACGUACAGGACCAGUUUCUCAUCUUGGGGAAAUCUUUGGACCUUCUGAGACCGAAGCUGGAAAUCGAGGAUGCAAACAAACUUCUAGCCACAAAGCCUCAUGGUCCCAUGCUCUUACAGCAGCUCAACAACGGAUACUCGGUCUCCAGAUACCGCACCCAAACCGGAGAGACCACAGCUUGUUUCAUGAGAGGACCUUUCAUUCCCGAUGAUGUUAACCAUCCACUAAAGCCUUGGUGGACGUCUCUCUCGACGUGCGGCACUGAUCUGCAGAUUCUUGAUCAGGAGCUGGGCCUGAUGGAUAUCAGUUACUCCAGCGCAUGGCAGCUUGGGAGGACCCUCGCGAUUGCAGACCAGGCAUUCACGGCCGCGCUGUCAAGGCUGAGAAAGGCGAUCCUCGAUCAGGCCAUGAACGAUGCGCAGAAGCAAGCGCUGCAGACGGUGACAUCCUUCAAGAGUAAAGACGACUUGCUCCAGAGCAUCUCGCAUUCCGUCGCCACGAUUGGCAGGCUCCACAAAACCGGGCUCUUGCAGAGCCCACAUUCCAUGUUCAAUAGGUGGCGCAGACCGCCAGUGAAGCCUCUCGAUUUGUCCUAUCAUGGUAAGGACAUUGCACCAUUCAAGCCGGCAGCUCUCGACCAAGCGGCCCUGGAGAUAGCAAGUACCCCUGAUGCCAAAGAUCCAACGCAGCCCUCCGACACGCCAUAUGACGAAUACGACACCCCCAUACUCUCACACUAUCUGAUCACGGAUGCCUCUCAUGUUCCGCCUGAGAGCUUACGCUUCUUCAAGGUUGAUCCCAAUUGGACCGAUGCGCUGAUUGAUGGCGCUCUCAGUCUGGCAAACCACAUCGACCGCGACGACGACAAAGUUCGCUGUGCAAUGAAGAAAGCAAUCAACAGGUUCCUGUCAACUCCGACCUCCAACCUUCCCCCAGACCUCAGCUAUCCACCUCCAGUACCCACGUAUGGGUGUUACAUUCGUUCAGAGCUGGUUACCAAAUUUCCCUAUCUGAUCGUCGAGACAGAGCCGAAAGUAGCAGGUGACCACUCACCGAUUCUCCUCCGCCAUGAGGUCGUAGACAAGGGAACCAUGCUGUGUCUGUUUCCCCGGGCACCCUCUUCCACCGAGUUUGCGAAGCUCAUCUUUACACAGCCACCACAUCAACAGACAUUCAUUGCCGCUGCUAAGAUUGAGCCGUCUUCAAUCACGAUGGACUAUAGGAGGGCAUACACGGUGUCAGACCCCAAGGAUGACAACAUGAAAGAGCCGAUUCUUCCAAACGUCUCAUGGACAAAAGCCGGGCCAAAUGAUCGCCCUCUCAGCUAUAUCUGGGACCAAGUCGACAAGCCAACCCAGAAGACAUAUGAAGUGAGACGCUUGCUUCUCGACAAUCUUGCCCCCGAUGUCCGCACGACACUGCACACGAUGAUGCCGAACAACUGGUUUUCUGACGACGUAGCCACCUCAGCCUUGAUGGCCAACCAGUUGAACAACCCGGCCUGGUCGCUUGAAAUCGAUCUUUCCACCAAAGCAGUCCUCUCCCACUUCAGCGCUUCAACCGAAAAUGAACAAAAACCACGAGUUCUGCCUCUCUGUCCGGCAAAAACGCCUCCCCCCGUGUCGAGCAGGAUUCGUCAAAGCGAACCAAAACUCUCCUUCACCGUGCCGGCCCAUCUCGACAGCAGGGCCCGAGCUAUCCGUCACACUCCGCUACCAGUCACUCAUCCACCUCCCCAUCACCGCAUGACCGACAUCCUCCCGCCAGACUUCAAAUUCGCGGUCCCCAACGUCGGAGAUGUGCCUGAAGACCCAGCCAAGAAGCCAGUCUUGAACUACUUCUUUUGGUCCGCCGAUGUCCCCGGCACGCCCGCCAACCCUGGCCAAGUUCCCAUGCGUGCCGACAUGGUACCGCAAGACAUCAUCUUCAGCAUCCGCAUCCUGCGGAACACAUUCAACUACCAUUUGCUAUCCAUCCAAAUCACCAUUCCUUUGGGCAAGCCGCUGCAGAAUUUCGCAGAUAACCCUGGUCCUCUGACUAAGCAUUACACGGGGCCUGGGGAGACCAUGUUGUCCAAUCUGCGGUUUAAUCCUCUGUUAAAUAUCUCAGACGACAGAAAUACGUUGGUCAUCCGACUCCUACCACGCAGUACGAAAGGAUUCGUCUUGCUAUCUCAACAAAAAGAAUUGAGCUUUAUGUCGAGCGGCGUGGCGGUCGACUGCAGUCCGGACACUGUGCCGUACGUGAAUGUGAGGCCGGACAUCGUGGAGGUAUAUCAGGGGUAUACUCAGCCUCCGCAACAGGAUCCACUGCCGCUCAUGGUUUUGGGACAUCCUGCUGCAAAGAGCUGGACCAGUGGAAUCAUGCUCGAGACCUCGGCAGGCAACAAGUAUGAGGUGCCCAAGGGGUCCGGAUCGGAGGAGGGAUACGAAAGCGUCAUGCUUGACGGAUUCGUCGGCAUCAGAGGGCUCUGGUGUUGCGCAGAGGAGACUGUUGACCGCUUGGGCGUUGUCUGGUCAAAGUAG